AUGAACACAACACGGGAUCCGGGUAUAUUGAGAUCGGGUUUACCGCAGGAUUAUCCGAAAAUAGUCAUUAAAAUGCCUACGACCACAACAACAACAACAACAGCAAAGAUCAGGUGUAGCCCUUGUAACAAAUGCAAAAGAAGAAAUGACCAAAGGGGAAUGAAAUACGUACAACCUCAGGUACCACGCUCUUUCAAACCUGAAUCAACAUAUAGACAGCCAGCCUAUGCUUUAGAAUCGGGAACCGUUUAUUCAUUAUCCUACCCGGCAAUCGAUGUUGAAAUGUUAAAAGAUUGCAAACCUCAAAAGCGAUCCCUCGUCGAAAACAUUCGUCCAUCUUCGUUGCCCAUGUCGCAGGAAACAACAUUUAGACUUAGUUUUACUGGCGUCGGGGGCGAUAAAGCCAUUUCUUACCUACCGACAGAUAAUUAUGAGAAAGCUGUUUCUUUUAAACCAUUAUCCGGAUUGGAAAAAUUAAGUCCAAACGUACCUCUGGCAUGUGAAACCAUUUACCGCGAAAGUUAUCAAGACAAUGGUUUAGUACCACCCGUGAAACCUCCUGCUAUAAAAAGAGGAAAUAUAUAUUUAUCUACUCAACCCAUGUCCCAAGAAACGACAGCGCGGUUAAGUUACACAGGAGUAGAAGGAGAAAGAGCUUGUCCAUUUAAACCCGUUUUGAGAAACAUGAUCGGAAUUGGACCCAUGCAAUCCGUGACUACACAUCGUCAUGAUUACACUCCUAAACCGAUGAUUCUAACUGAAAGUUGUCGUCCGAAAUAUAGUUUAUCCGCAUCAAAUUUUAAAAUGGAAGAUACCACGACGUUUAGAGCGUCUUACUUGCCUAAUGAAAACUUACCCAAAACGGAAAGUUACAAACCUUCGAGCGUAUAUAAAAAAUCACCCUGUCCAUUGGAAUCGGAUACCAUCAAUCGUUUAAGUUAUCAACCCUGGGCUCCGACACCGAAAGAAAUUUAUCCUUGGGCUAAAAAACCAAAAUACGAACAACCGACAAGAGAAAUGGAAAACUUUUCCAUAUACAGAGGAAGUUAUUUGGCUCCUGGAAAUUUUGUACAGGAUGAUUGCGCACCCGUACAAAAUGAUGAAUGUGAAUGUCGGUGUGAAAUACAAAAUUCCGCCACUGAUGAUUUAUAA